CGCCGCUCGCCGCUCCAAUCUCCUCCUCCUCCUGCCCAAUCCCUCACAAAACCCUAACAAUAAUGGCCGACGCCACCGACGACGCCAAGCACAUCGAGAAGCUCUACGAGUUCGGGGAGCGGCUCAACGAGUCCAAGGACAAGUCGCAGAAUGUGGAGGACUAUCAGGGGAUCAUUGACGCCGCGAAGUCGAGCAUUAAGGCGAAGCAGUUGGCGGCGCAGCUGAUUCCGAGGUUCUUCAAGUUCUUUCCUGACCUGUGGGACCCUGCUGUCGAGUGUCUCGUCGAUUUGCUCGAGGAAGAAGAUCUCGGGGUCCGAGUGCAAGCCAUUCGGGGGCUUCCACUUUUUUGCAAGGAUACACCCGAGUACAUUCCUAAGAUUGUUUACCUUCUUGUGCAACUCCUUGCCGCUGAGGAUUUUGUUGAGCGUGAUGCAGUGCACAAGGCUCUCAUGUCAUUGUUGAGACAGGAUGUGAAAGCCUCCUUGUCAGCCUUGUUUGGCCGCAUUGCGAAUGUCGAUGAACCGAGUGCUGAUGACUUGAUCCGGGAGAAGAUUUUAAAUUACAUAAAAGAUAAGGUGUUCCCUCUAAAAACAGAACUUUUGAAACCUCAGGAGGAGAUGGAAAGACAUAUAACGGAUCUAAUUAAAAAAAGUUUGGAAGAUGUAACUGGAGCAGAAUUUAGAAUGUUUAUGGACUUUCUGAAAAGCCUGACUAUAUUUGGGGAUAAAGCACCUCCGGAGCGCAUGAAAGAACUUGUCGGGCUUGUUGAAGCACAGGCAGAUUUAGAUGCACAAUUCACGGUCUCAGAUACUGACCACAUAGACAGAUUGAUAUCAUGUUUGUUCAUGGCCUCUCCUUUUUUUGUGAGGGGUGCCCCAAGUAGCAAGUUCUUCAAUUAUCUAAAUAAGGAGGUCCUGCCUGUUUUUGAUAAGCUUCCUGAGGAACGAAAGUUAGAUCUGCUAAAAGCUCUUGCUGAGAUUUCACCAUACACGAUGCCGCAGGAUUCACGCCAAACCCUUCCUUCAAUUGUUCAGCUCCUAAAGAAGUACAUGCCUCGAAGAAAGACAGGAGAAGAAAUGAAUUUUUCUUAUGUAGAAUGCUUGUUAUAUGCAUUUCACCAUUUGGCACACAAGGCACCAAAUGCAACCAAUAGUCUGUGUGGUUACAAGAUAGUGACUGGCCAACCAUCUGACAGGCUUGGGGAGGACUUCUCAGAGCAUUAUAAGGAUUUCACUGAGAGAUUAACUACUGUUGAGGAGUUAACUAGGGCCACCAUGAAAAAGCUAACUCAGGGCAUGGCUGAGCAUAAUAAAGCAAUGUCAGCUGCCAAGACCGAUGAAGAGAAGAAUACCAUUAAAAUUCAGAAGCAGAACACUACGUCUGGACUGCGAACCUGCAAUAAUAUCCUUGCCAUGACUAAGCCAUUGCAUUCAAAGACACCUUCAUUUAUUGGAGACAAGAGCAUCAAUCUCUCCUGGAAAGAGGCAGUCAAAACUUCUGCACCUACGACAAAAACGGGGACCGGAGGAAAACGACCCACUAGUGCUGUGAAUGGUUCCAGUAAUGCGGCAUCGAAAAAGGGUCGUGGAGCGGGUGGUGUGCAGAACCAAUUAGUUAAUAGAGCAUUUGAGGGUUUGUCCCAGGGUGGGCGUGGCGGUGGGAGAGGAAGAGGAAGGGGUUGGGGUGGACGUGGAAGAGGAAGAAAUUAUCGGUAGACUGCAGCCAUGCCUGAUGCAACAUAUGCGGGACUCUGUAUUAGGUUUGAGGUCAGCAAGAGACUGUUCUACUGAUGCGAACGAAGUUUAGGAUGUGCGAUAAAAUAUUUAGCUGGUAACUUUGGCCUGGACUCACAUCACUGAUUGUAAUUUAUACAAAGCUAGUCGACUUAGUUUGGUUUGAGCUACCUGCAGCUUUCAGUUCCACAUUUGCCUCCCAUUAGUCGAAUGAAGUAGAUGCAUGCUCAUGUAACUUGGAGACGUCUCCCUUGCUUGUAGAAUAGCAUUGGUUGAUUUAAGCUCAAUUAUAUGGACUGGUCUGAUUGCAUGAUCAAUAGACUAUGUAACCUGUAUCAUUUAAACCUUUUUUUUAUUUGAGUUUAGACCAUACAAUAUUUUCUGGUU